GAGGUAGCGUACCUCCAUUGAAAACUGUCAAAAAUAUUCACAAUUGAUUAAAAAAAGCAUUUACUAAGUGCAUCCGUAAUAAGGAGUCCUCGUUGAAAGGGUACUUGCAUAUGCUAUCCGAAUCUUUGAAUGUGCAUCUUUUGUUACCUUACGGAUAUGUAUCACAGACAUGAGUGCAGUGAUAACAAGAUGUAGAGUGAGUUCUGAGCAACUGGAUUUACUACUUUCGUUUAUGGAAGAGCAUCCCGACUUUGCUGCCGGCAAGCAAUCAAUUUACUCUCGCUUUAGUUCAAGCAAACUUUGGCGACUGUUGGCAGAGCGGCUGAACGCGGCGGCGGCUGACAGUAACGGUGCACGAAAAUCACCGGAUAAGUGGUGCCGGUACUGGGCUGAUAUUAAAUACAAAACUCGUAGGAAGUCUGCAGCUGGUGGCACUCUAGGAGAUCUCUCCAGUGCUGAGGAGCGUGUGCAGAACAUAUUCAAUUGCAGCGGACAAGAAUCGAGCGCGGGCGGGCGGCGCGCGAGCCACUCGGACGAGGAACGCAAGCCGGCGCUGCUGGACGACGACAUGUGCUCGGAGGGGUCGGGCGGGCCCGAGCCGCGCCCCGCCACUGAGGAGCUGCUGGCCGAGGCCGCCAUGCGCAGCGCGCUGGCCGCCGAGAAGCAGGCCGAGGCCGUGGCGCAGGCCGUGGACCUGCUGCGCGACCUGCUGGCGCUGCUGCGCGAGCGCCGCGAGCCGCCGCCGCACGCGCACCCGCACGCGCUGCCCGAGCACCUGGCGCCGCUGCAGCACCACCACCACCGCCUCUAGCGCGCCAGCCCCA